GCGCCGUGAGCGGUCGGCGAGCGGCGUCCCUUCCGUUGCCGGCUCUUUGCGGUCGGGGGAAACUGAGGCGGCGGCCGCUUCCCUGGGGCCCUCCGGCGCCUGUGAGGAAAGAAUGUUAAUUUCUUUGUGGGAGUUCUUCUACGGGCACUGUUUUCGAUUUUGGAUGAAAUGGCUCUUGCGACAGAUGACCGGGAAGUGCGAGUUACAGCGCAUUUUUGACACCUGUGUAGGCGCACAGAGGACACACAGAAUAGAAAAUUCCUUGACAUACUCUAAGAAUAAGGUUUUACAGAAAGCCACCCAGGUUGUUGAGAGUGAAGUGGACAGAUGUGUUGCGGAUAUUAUGAAGGAGAAGAAUAUUAACCCUGAGAAGGACACGAGCUUUAAAAUCUGCAUGAGAACAUGCUUACUGCAGAUAACAGGGUAUAAACAGCUCUACUUGGAUGUAGAAAAUGUGAGGAAACGGCCGUAUGAUUCCGAUAAUGCACAACAUGAAAAGCUACUCCUCAAGCUCUGGAAUCUUCUGAUGCCCACGAGUAAGUUGAAGUCGAGAAUCUCCAAGCAGUGGGCUGACAUUGGCUUCCAGGGUGACGAUCCCAAGACCGAUUUCAGAGGCAUGGGCAUCCUGGGCUUGAUCAACCUGGUGUACUUCAGCGAGAAGUACACCAGGGAGGCUCAUCGGAUCCUUUCCCGUGCAAACCAUCCGAAACUGGGGUAUUCUUAUGCAAUAGUUGGAAUCAAUCUUACAGAGAUGGCUUAUAGCUUACUGAAGAGCGAAGCAUUGAAGUUUCAUCUCUACAACUUUGUUCCUGGUAUGCCAACAAUGGAACACUUCCAUCAGUUUUACUGUUAUCUUGUCUAUGAAUUUGACAAGUUUUGGUUUGAAGAAGAACCGGAAAGCAUUAUGUAUUUCAACCUAUAUAGAGAGAAGUUUCACGAAAAGAUUAAAAGACUGUUAAUGGAUUGCAACGUAGUACUUACUUUAAAAACAUAAACCAUCCAUAGUAGCUUCUAUUUCUACCACAUUUUUGCACACACAACAGAAUUUAUAUGUUGUAAUAGAAAUUAUCUGAUCAAUUACACUCUUAUAUAUAAUUUCCUACAGAAAUUCUAUUUAAGAAAGCUAGUGGACAAUCAGUGUAUGUUUACAUUUCUGUUGAUACACUGCUCUCCAACGGUACCUUACCCUUCCAAAGAUCCCUCUGUGGGUCUGACCACGGCAGUUCGGAACUUGGGACUUGGCCCGCUCAUGUCAGAGUAUAAAUCAGGUAUUCAUCACUUGGUUGAUUAAAUGGCAUACAAAUCU